UUUGGAGUCCGGGGUAGAAAUAGAAGCAUAAAUACAGUGUCAGUCUGCAACUGCAAGGAAAGAGAGAGAGGGAGUCUCCUUUUAGCUUGUCGAACACGCCCUUGCUUUCCCUUUCGUUCUCGUUUUCCCUCACGCUGAUUUCGCCCGAUCGUCUGCGCUAGAGAUGAACUCGAGGAAAGGGAUUGGGAAUCCUUCUGGUGCAGUUACUUCUGAUCCGUCAGUCAAAGGCGAAAGCAAAGCAGAUGUAUCUAACUCUAGCAUUGAUCAAUUAUCCCGGGGUGUUUCGGAUAUGAAUAUAAACCCUACAAACGAUGAUGGAUGGGAAGAGUACGGAAAAAAAUCAAAGAACAAAAACAAGAAUAAUGCUUCAAGACAGUUGGUUCCCCAGCAUUCCACCCCUAAGGCAUGGGGUCAUGCUGACACUGUGCAGAAACUUGGCUUCAGAACUAAUGGAGGGCUUGGACAGGGCUCCGGCAGAGGUUAUACUAGACAACAGCCAUCUGGCCGUAAUCCUAACUCUGAUUAUGAUGCAGCACCACCAGUAUGGAACACUAGAGCCGCUUCUUUUCAGCCCUCAGCUCAAGCAGCUGAUAAUCAGGCCUUUGAUGAAGUUGACGAUGAUGAUGAGUCAGAUGGUAUUGAUGACUCAGAUGAUGAUCUGAGUGAUGGAUUUGCUUCAGAUGAAAGCCAUAAAAGUCAUGAAACGAAAAAAAAGAACAAGUGGUUUAAGGAGCUUUUUCAGUGCUUGGACAAUUUAACUGUUAAGGAGAUUAAUGAGCCUGAGAGGCAGUGGCAUUGCCCAGCAUGCCAAGGAGGACCCGGUGCUAUUGACUGGUACCGUGGCUUGCAACCCCUAAUCACACAUGCCAAAACCAAAAGAUCCAAAAGGAUGAAGCUACACAGAGAGCUUGCUGAAAUAUUGGAUGAGGAACUUAAAAGAAGGGGAACAUCAGCAGUACCAGCUGGUGAGGUAUUCGGAAAGUGGAAAGGUCUGGAUGAGAGAGCUGAUAAAGAAAUUGUUUGGCCUCCCAUGGUGGUAAUUAUGAACACCAAGCUUGACAAAGAUGAUAAUGACAGAUGGAUUGGCAUGGGCAAUCAAGAGCUGCUUGAUUAUUUCAGUGAUUAUUCUGCAAUCAGGGCACGCCAUUCUUAUGGACCACAAGGGCACCGUGGCAUGAGUCUGUUAAUUUUUGAGGCCUCAGCAGUGGGAUAUGCAGAAGCUGAACGCUUGAGCGGACACUUUGAAGUCCAUUCCCGAGAUAGGUUUGCUUGGAAUAGAAAUAAGGUUCCGUUUUACCCUGGAGGCCAGCGGCAACUAUAUGGGUACAUGGCCGAAAAACAUGAUAUGGAGAGCUUUAAUCAACAUUCUCAAGGUAAGGCCAAACUGAAAUAUGAGAUGCGAUCCUAUCAAGAAGUAGUUGUAAAGCAAAUGAAGCAGAUGAGUGAUGAUAAUCAGCAGCUCACAUGGUUUAAGAACAAAGUUGUCAAAGAACAGACAAGCAAGAAAGCCCUUGAGGAGUCUUUUGGAAAACUGAGUGAAAAGCUGCGGAGGACUAUGCAAGAGAAUCAAGUAGUGAAACUUAGGACACAAAAGCAUCAUGAACAAAACAAAGAAGAGAUGGAUAAUCAGGAGCAAUUCUACAAAGACCACAUCCAACAGCUGUAUGAUGCUAGAAAUGCGAAGGAGGAAAACUUUGAGAAGAUACAACAACUUGAACGUGAAAAAGCAACUCAUUCCGAGGCAAAUCUUUCUUCUGCUGAAGAGCGAGCACGCAGGAGCGAAGAGCUUUCGAGAUUCAUUCAGCUGCAGGACCAAGAGUUGGAGGAGUUUAAGAGUAAGAGGGAUAAGCUAAUGGAGGCCCAUGAAGAGCAAAAAUUGGAACUGAAGCGCAAGUACAGGGCUGAAGAGAUGGAGCUUGAGAAGAAGUUUGAUGAGGAUUACAAUAAGCUGUUGGGGGAAUACACUCCCGCUGAUUCCAAGUAGCCCAUCAAUUUCUUCUACGCUUCCCAAACUUUGCUUUUUAGCCAUCUAGAAUUAUGUGAACCGUCCCUUGCCUUGCAGCUAUUAGAGUUUAUCGGAGAUAGGCUAUUUUGUAACUGGUGCUUUAAACAUAUGUGUAGUGCCUUUAUAUUCUACUAUCUCUCACAUUAAAAAUGGUUUGUAUUUGAUUUUAAGUUCCAUUAUAAGUGGUUUGUUUUCAUAAAUACUAAAAUUAAUUCAUAAAAAAGUGUAGUUCUUAUUAUUUUAAUCAUUUUAUAUCUUCUUUUUUUUAAUUUUACGUGCAAUAAAGUAACCCGUCACUUUUAAUGGGA